GGCAGUUCCACUCGCGCCGUUUGGCAAAUUUAUAUUUUGACUGGAUCUUGUAAAGUUGUUGUUUCAUCAUACCAUUACCCUCACCGCACACGUUGUGCAACAUCAUGAACAACUUUCUAGAACUGUACGAGCCUUUGGAUAUUAUUGGCAAUGGUUCAUUCGGAAUCAUUCGUAAAGUCAGAAGGAAGUCGGAUGGCCAGAUCCUUGCAAGAAAGGAGCUCAACUUCGAGAGAAUGAGUGACCGUGAUAGGAAACAAAUCGUUGCUGAAGUUAACAUCUUGAAAGAUUUGCACCACGAACAUAUUGUACGAUAUCACGACCGUCACGUCGACCGAGAUGCUGGCAUCUUGUACAUCCUUAUGGAAUACUGUGGCGGAGGGGAUUUAUCCACUGUCAUAAAGCAGGCGCAAAAGUACAACCGACCCGUGCCAGAGGACACGAUUUGGAACUACUUCAUGCAAAUUUUGCUUGCGCUUCAUUAUUGUCAUCACCCUGGUAGCAAUGGACGAACAGGUAGUGGCACGUUCGAAGGUGAUGCCAAGAGGCCGCAGAUUCUACAUCGAGACCUCAAGCCAGAUAAUGUCUUUUUGGACCAAUCAAAUACCGUGAAACUUGGUGACUUCGGCUUGUCAAAAGCGCUGUCCCAGGCAAACUUUGCGAAUACAUAUGUUGGGACACCAUAUUAUAUGUCUCCUGAGCUAAUGCAAGAACGGGCCUACGAUUCCAAGUCUGAUAUCUGGUCUCUGGGCUGUCUCAUAUACGAGCUUUGCGCCCUGAAGCCGCCAUUUCAUGAAGCUAAGACUCAUGCAGAAUUGAGUAUAUUUAUACGGAAUGGCCGGAUACCUCCCUUACCGAAAGGGUACAGCCAGGCGCUGUCAAGUGUCAUCAAAGCAAUGUUGAACCUUAAUCCCGCGAUGAGGCCUUCGGCAGUUCAGCUUCUCCAACACGAGCGCUUAGAGCUCGUUUUCAAGGUCUCAGAGACUGAAAAGAUGCUCACUACAGUGAAAUCACACAAAGUAGCUGUUGUUACGAAAGAGCGGGAAGUCGCUGCCCGUGAGGCAGCCCUCGCAGAACGGGAAGCACGGCUAGCAUCCAUUGUAUCCGAAAAAGAUCACGAAAUUGUCCGACUCCGCGAGCUCUUGGGACAGGCAGAGGCCCUCUCAGAACAACGGCUACGUGAUGUGCGAAAACGUAUGGAGGAAGUGAUGGCGCUGCGUGAGGAAGAGCUCGAACAGCAUGUGCGCCAGCGUGAUCAGGAACUAUUUGCGUGGUGGACAACAAGAGAGCAGGAGAUAAGAGCAGGGAUGAUGAAGGAACUAGAGGACAAGGUGAAUUGGGUCCGAGGGAGGGAAGAAGAGCUCGAGGCAGAGCAGGGGAAAUUGGACGAAGCAAGGCAAGAUUUAGAACUGAGGAUGAAAGCAGUAGAAGAGAAGGCUGCAAACGAAGCUAAAGGAUACAAAGACAAGACACCCCUAGAAGAAGUGAAAAACCUCCUUGCACCUCUCGCGCAGAUGACUCAGGACUGCCGCCUGCGGUCUGCCCAACGGCGGUCGCAGGACGUUUCCUUCAUGAACACGACCAUGACGCUCGAAACCCCGAUUAACCGUCCCAUCAAACCUGUCGUACCCUUUUCAGCGAUGAAAGGUGUCAUCUUGACAGAUACUGGCGAACCGUUAGCAACACCUACUCCAGCUCAGCUCGUCGAGCUUUUCGUCAAAUCACCAAAAGUGAAUAUCGAGUUCGCCAAGAUAUUUGACUUUGACGAGGGGGCUGAGAGCUCCGAUGCAGAAGGGGAAGGUGACGCCGACUUGCCACCUUCCCCGUCGAAACGAGAACGAAGAAGUCCCGAGAUGACUGCCUCAGCCUCGUCAUCAAGAGACCCGAAUGUUGUCCCCCCCACACGUCUACGCAAGCCGUCCAUGCGAGGAUCUGUUCGACGUGCGCCUCUCCGGAGAACUGCGACUCUACCGGCAUCUGCCUCCGACCCUACAGGAUUCGCAUCCUCAUCACGACCCUCGAAGUCAACAACCUCACGCACAGAGUCUACAGAUGCUUGUACGACCACAAAGACAGCGCCCCCCAUGCCGACAGAAUAUGACCUUUCUGAUGAAGAAAAUUUACCGAGUCCUUUCCUCAAGCGCAUUGAACGUGAACGAGCGAUAGCUCCUGGAACUUUUCGGACGACGAAACGUCCAGGCCCCGGCAACCUCUUGCGCAUCGUCGCAGCUGCGAACAAUGCCAAGCAGGGGAAGCAACCUCACGCUGCAGGAAUGACCGGUCAUAGCACUCGGCCGUCGCUUGCAGGUGCUCGGAAGGCGAGUGAGGAGGCACGGAAGGCAUUGUCACGAUCAUGACAUGUAGUGUACUGUAUGUAGAAUCAUUUUGUUUUAUUGCAUUGAUAUUUUAAUGAACCCUUCGUGGUGUGGGUCACGUAUAAGUAUACGUAGAAAUUCGGUUACCUUUGAUGGGUGGUAU